AUGGAUGACCCCUAUCAAAACAAUGUGAGUCAAGGGACUGAGAUUGUCGGGGAGACCUAUCCCACCUAUGGGGAGGGAGGACAGGAUGGUUACAGUUACCAAACGGACUACCCCCCUCAAGAGGAGGAUGCUGCCAGUGAUGAUACAGAGGGGCAUGAUGAGGAUGAUCAGAUGUAUGAAGGGGAGUACCAGGGAAUCCCCCACCCUGACGAAAUCAAAGCCGCCCAGAGGGCGGCACGGCUGGAGGCCAGGAGGAAGGCGCGGGCUGCUGCUGAGGAAGAGGAGGAGCAGCUGCCUGAGCAGUACGAAAGCAUCAUGGAGGACUGUGGACACGGGCGCUUUCAGUGGACUCUGUUCACGGUGCUAGGUCUCGCACUCCUGGCUGAUGGUGUCGAAUGCUUUGUUGUGAGCUUUGCCUUGCCCAGUGCUGAGAAGGACAUGUGCUUAUCCAAUGCAAGCAGGGGAUUGCUGGGUUUGAUAGUGUACGUGGGAAUGAUGACGGGAUCGUUUGUUUGGGGCGGGCUGGCCGAUAAGCUGGGUCGGCGCCAAUGUCUACUCUAUGCACUGGCUAUCAACUGUGUCUUCUCCUUCUUGUCCUCCUUUGCCCAGGGAUAUGGCUUUUUUCUCUUCUUCAGGCUCUGCUCAGGAAUCGGAAUUGGCGGAUCUGUUCCCAUUGUCUAUACAUACUAUGCUGAGUUCCUUCAAAUGGACAAGAGAGGAGAGCACCUCAGCUGGCUUUGUUUAUUCUGGAUGUUGGGUGGUCUAUAUGCCUCUUUUACUGCAUGGGGAAUUAUCCCUCAUUACGGUUGGGGCUUCAGCAUGGGCACUGAGUUCCAGUUCCACAGCUGGAGAGUAUUUGUGUUGGUCUGCUUCCUGCCAUCUGUAGUUGCUCUCGCGGGGCUGGUCUUUAUGCCAGAGAGUCCACGAUUUCUCCUAGAGACUGCCCGUCAUGAUGAAGCAUGGAUGAUUCUCAGACAGGUCCAUGAUACAAACUGGAAAGCAAAAGGAGAGCCAGAGAGAGUAUUCACAGUUUCCCAAAUCAAGACACCACAUACUCAAGAUGAUGAGUUCAUUGAAAUUCAGAGUGAGACAGGCACCGCAUUCCAACGAUUCAUGGUCAGACAGAUGACUCUGGUCAAGCAGGUGAUGAAGAAUGUUUUGUCACUUGCAGCCCCGGAACUGCGACUUCAUGGUUUGUUUAUUACCAUUGUGUGGUUUACUAUGGCAUUCAGUUACUAUGGACUCUCCGUGUGGUUCCCUGAUCAGGUCAAGUAUCUACAGUUUGAAGAGUAUGAAUCUAAAGUGAAGCUCUUCCAUCGUGAGAGAGUGGAACGUUUCCAUUUCAACUUCACACUGGAAAAUCAAAUCCAUAAAGAGGGAGAAUAUAUCCACGAUAGAUUUGUUGAAAUAGAGAUGAAAUCUGUGAAGUUUGAGGACUCGCUGUUUGAAAACUGCUAUUUUGAGGACAUCAGGUCAACUGAGACAUUCUUCAAGAACUGCACCAUCAAAAACACUGUCUUCUAUAAUACUGACUUGUGGGAAGAGAAGUUCAUUGACUGUAGAAUGGAAAAUACCACCUUCUUACAUCCCAAAAAAGGCUGCCAUCUAAAUUAUGAAGAGGAAAAUGAUAUUGUAAUAUAUCUGGUCAGCUUCCUUGGUAGCCUUUCAGUGUUACCUGGCAACAUUAUAGCAGGUUUACUAAUGGACAAGAUAGGGAGAAUCAAGAUUAUCGGUGGCUCCAUGCUCGUCUCUGCCGGUUGCACAUUCUUCUUAUUCUUGUGCUUCAGUCAAGGGGCUGUCAUAACUUUUCAGUGCCUCUACUUUAUGGCCUGUGCAUCAGCCUGGAAUGGUAUUGAGGUCAUAACAGUGGAAAUCUAUCCAACCUCUAAAAGGGCCACGGCUUUCGGCGUGUUGAAUGGUAUAUGCAAGCUGGCAGCCAUCAUUAGCAGCAUCAUCUUUGGUUCAUUCAUUGGCAUCACCAAGAUUAUCCCUAUCUUUCUGUCCUUCACGUCCCUGGUCUGUGGGGGACUGCUUUCCGUAAAGCUUCCUGAGACACGGGAGGUCAUCCUUCAGUAA